AUGAUCUACUGGUACGGCAUUCUAGAUUAUGGCGAGCCAACUGUGAGCCACAGGUGCACUCUCUAUUCCAGUCACUCUCAUACUCCGGUGGGACGACUACUCGACACGACCGGUGAUAGUAAAGGCGCAGGACCGACGGCUUUACGUGCUCUCCGAGGCACGGGGGUGAGACACCGCCAACUUCCCAACUUCGGGCUGUUACUGAGGCUUACUAUACAGAAAGACUCAAUAAAUAAACUUGGCCCGACCCGGGACUCGAACCCAGGACCGCCAGGUGUGCAGCCGUACAUGCUAGCCACUACACCACCGAGACAGUUAAAUAAAAAUAACAUCCUCAAGACCGAGUUGUAUAACGGCUAUCUCUCUAAGAGUAGCCUACUGCGCAAGAGAUCCACUCUAUUCCUUUCACUCUUAAAGUCGGUGCGACGACAAUUCUACACAACCGGUGAGAUGUCAGGUACAGUACCAACGCUACACGCGCCCUCCGAAGCUCGGAGUGAAACGCUCCCCAACUUUACAAUUCCUAUCUGC